UUCAGUAUAAUUCAGUAUUUUAAAUUCACAAUCUACAUCAACAUCAAUGAGGUCAUUACCUUGAACAUCAAUUGGGCAAAAGUGUGUUUCACACUACUCCUAACUGAUAAGGAGAGGUGAUCUACAGCUACUUGAAAAGGUGAAGCCCCAGCAAUAAUGGGUCGACACUCUAAGAUGGCUUUCUUGGUAAGAGCUGGAAUCUUGGUUCUUGCUCUGAACAGUGCAUUUGUGGCUCCAGCAAAAAAUUUUAUCAACCAUCUCAAACCUCUUGGUUCCACUGAGGAAAAGUACGUUACCAAUGCUACCAAACUAUUCAGUACCAUUGAGGAAGAGUACGUUACAGAUGCCCCUGAACUACUUGAGACCGCCGAGGAAGAGUACAUUACGGAUGCCCCUGAACCACUUGAGACCGCCGAGGAAGAGUACGUUACAGAGGCCCCUGAACCACUUGAGACCACUGAGGAAGAGUACGUUACGGAUGCCCCUGAACUACUUGAGACCACUGAGGAAGAGUACGUUACGGAUGCCCCUGAACUACUUGAGACCACUGAGGAAGAGUACGUUACGGAUGCCCCUGAACUACUUGAGACCACUGAGGAAGAGUACGUUACGGAUGCCCCUGAACCACUUGAGACCACUGAGGAAGAGUACGUUACGGAUGCCCCUGAACUACUUGAGACCACUGAGGAAGAGUACGUUACGGAUGCCCCUGAACUACUUGAGACCACUGAGGAAGAGUACGUUACCGAUGCCCCUGAACCACUUGAGACCACUGAGGAAGAGUACGUUACGGAUGCCCCUGAACUACUUGAGACCACUGAGGAAGAGUACGUUACGGAUGCCCCUGAACUACUUGAGACCACUGAGGAAGAGUACGUUACGGAUGCCCCUGAACUACUUGAGACCACUGAGGAAGAGUACGUUGUGGAUGCCCCUGAACCACUUGAGACCACUGAGGAAGACGAUCAUAGGAAUGCCCUUGGACUACCUGUUAACAUGAAAGGGAAAGUUUCAAAGAAAGACACAAGUUUUAUUUCUUACAUUUUGUUACUUAUCAUUGGCAUAUUAAUUGUUGUUUGCACGAUUCUGUUGGUAUUGACAAUUGCCUUCGCCUAUCAAGCAUCAAUUCUCAAGAAAAGACUGAGAAAACGGUCAGUAAGAAGCAAUUCUGACUUCAUUAAAUCAACCAACCUCUGGUCGAAUGGUGUUCGGCAAGUGCCAGAAGAGUCAGCAGAAAGCAAUAUCACACUUGAAGAAGUCAAACCUUUGAAAGACGAGGAUAUAGCCUAGCUCUCACAGGGCCUCAAAGCUGAAAUCCAGUUGAGGCAUAAAACUAAUAAAGUUAGCUGGGAAAUCUAGCAAAGGAGACUGACCUCAGUGGAAACUCAUCAUUUGUUAGCAAGUGUUAAUAUACAUAUUUGCCACAAAAGAAUCUUUAGUCAAAUUAUCGAGAGUCACUUAUCCAGAUCCUCAGGAAUAUGCCUUCUGAUUACUUUCAUGAAUAACUGCACAACUCCAGAUUCCCACAUUUAUCCUAAAGAAACUGAUCAGAACGUGGGUGAAAAAUUUUACUGAAAAAAGAGGUUACAAAAUUGGCUUGGCAAACCUGUAAUAACAUUUAAUAAUAAUAAUCAUCAUUUUGCAUUGAUUCCUAUCAGAAAUCCGGCAGGGAUCAAUGGAAAAUGAACUUAGAAGACACAGUGGAAUGUUUCUGUUUGCAGUUUUCCAUUUUUUUUUGUAAGAAAGAGACCUAUAUAGUGCAGUAUAAGAAUAAAGUAAUAAGAUAAUCUAUUUUGUACAGAAUCUUGCAAAUUCCAAACUACUUGACAAGAUAAAUACAGAAACAAAUCAGCAGAUCCUGGAGCAUCAGUUGCCAGCGAAACAGAGUUAAUGCUGUAUGCCGAAGAACCUUAUUCAGAACAACGUUUCAGGUUUUCAACAUGGGAGGUUAUUAGAUUUUCAAGAACUUAAGUAUGGUUCCCAUGCCCUUUUUGCUCCAAGAAAGUCGUCGUACAAAAAGUGUUGAUAUUAAGUGAGUGAGGCACUUUACGGAUAGGCCAUUGUUAUUUUAGGUUGCUUGGUCUCAAAUUGUUCUGCAUUCCAAUUGUAUUCAGUUGAAUAAAUUUAGGGUACUGGGAGAGACACAAAAAAAAGGAAACUGGACAAUACUCGACUGCAUGUGAACAUGUGAAACACGGAAUAAGUGGUAUCCAUAUUCCCAACUACUUAGCAAAGGCUCCACCAAUUUAUCGGCAUUCAGCUACGUGUUUCGUAAAUAUCCAUCUAGCGUUUGAUGGCCACCCGCUUUAUGUUAUCUCGAGAUACAGCAGAGAACAAGCUCUUCCGGCAAAUAAGCCACACCGCCCAGCAAUCCACCUAUUUGACCCUAGCCCAACAACAGGACAAUUUACAAUGACCGAUUAACCUACUAACUGGUGUGUCUUUGGAAUGUGGGAGGAAACUGGCACCCAGAGAAAACCCACGCACUCAUAGCGAGAACAUCCAAACUUCUUACUGAGGAAGCUGGAACUGAAUUUCCAACUCCCACGCCCCAAGAUGUAAUAGUGUCAUGAUCUUGUGGCACUAUUUAACUAACUCUAAAUAAUAGAUUCCUACGAUGUCUGAACCUUCCCUAGUAAAAACAGAAAAUGCUGGAAGACCAGGUAACAUCUGUAAAGACAUAUUAACUGUUUGGAUACAUAAUCUAUAUCUCAACUGAAAAUUAACAUUUCCAUAAGAAAAUGAGAAUAAGUAAAUUUUAUAUACCCAUGUUUGGUUGAAUGCAACCUGGGAGCUCCUGAAAGUUACACACAUAAAAUGCUGGAGGACCUCAGCAGGCCAGGCAGCAUCUAUGGAAAAUAUAAGUAUUUUUUUCCACUCAGAAUCUAAUAACCCACAUGAAAAUUCUAUUUCAAUUUGAGUUCUCUGUUAGUUAUAGAUAAUAGAAGCAAUAGUUAUGAAAUUUUCUAAUACAAAACAUUUGAAAUUUCAAAAAUACUUUCAGUAAUGUACCUGAGUAUUUGUUCAAGAUAAAAUAAUCUCCUUGAACUGUUCACUAAUAAAGAUGACCAUGCAUGGCUUUUUAAAAAAAAGUUGAACUGAUAACUUUGUUUUCCUUUUGUGAACUGCAGUAAAUGCAGAAUGAUAAACUAACAUAACAUCCAUAAAAUUAAGGGCACAAUCAUAAUUGCAUAAGUUACUGCAGUUAUCCAUCCAGAAAGAUCAUAAAACCCCAUUGCUUAUUUUACAUCCAAAUAUUUCUCAAAAGAAUCCAGUGUUUUUUUCUUAGUUCACAAGGAUUCACUCACUGUGCAAAGAUUUUCCUUAGUCCAACACAAGUAACACUUCUCUUCUCACUGUCAUAGAUCUUGAACAUUCUAAAACAUUUCUCCAUAAUUCCAAAACAAUAUUCAAGUCAAUCUUGACAGAGACUAGAUUGCCAUGAAUAUAAAUAUGUUCAAUGUAUUAGAAUCAGGAAUGAGAGCAGCUGACAGCAAAGAGAAUUAAUCUUAGAAUAGCUCUGGGUGGUUAGGUAUGUGUACUUGCUUUUUUAUUAUUUUAACUUAAAACUAGGAAUAUUGCCACUUAUUUUACUCCCUACUUACUUAGAGAAGCCAAAAAGUGCAUUUUACAAAGAAAAUCUAUUUUGUAGUGAAACAAAGUUGCAAAAACAAUAUUGUUGUUGUUUUGUAUGGCAGUCACAAUUGAAGUGUGACCUGGGAGGGGCAGGAGCAAGUCUGUCUGGUUGGGAUGCAUACACAAUUAAAGUAUAAAGCAGAGCUUUUUUUUAAAAAAAAACAAUUGCUUUUAAAAAGAUGUGACACAUUUUAAUGUGAAAAUAUAAAAAAAAAUUAUGGAAAAACACAGAUAGUGUCAGAAUUUGAAGAGACGGAAAAGCAAGCCAACAAAUGCAAAUCAAUAUUUUAAGUAAAGGAACAUUUUGGCUUGUGAAGAACUUUAGGAUGAUUUUCUAUAUUAAUGGUGCUUUAUUAGAUAGAUAGAUACUUUAUUGAUCUCAAAGGAAAUUACAGUGUCACAUUAGCAUUACAAGUACACAGAUAUACAAAUAUUAGAAGAGAAGUAAGAAUAAAAAAUAAGUUACCUCAAACAGUGUAACAGGAGUGGGUCAUCACUUCCCCGGCUAUAGGUUGAGUCAUUAUAGAGCCAAAUGGCUAAGGGUAAGAAUGACCUCAUAUAACGCUCUUUUUAACUGUGCAGUUGUCUUAGUCUAUUACCAAAAGUGUUCCUCUGUUCAGUCAAGGUGACAUGCAGAGGGCGAGAAACAUUGUCCAGAAUUGCCAGGAUUUUCUGUGGGGUCCUUUGUUCCACCACAGCCUCCAGUGUGUCCGAUUUGACUCCUAUAAUGGACCCAGCCUUUCAAAUCAGUUUAUUGAGCCUCUUGGCAUCACCCAUGUUGAUGCCAUUGCCCCAGCACACCACUGCAUAGAAGAUUGCACUGGCGACAAAUGGCUGGUGGAACAUGUGAAGGAGAGGCCUGCCUACUCCAAAGGACCUCAGUCUCCUCAGGAAGUAGAGGCGACUCUGGCUCUUCUUGUACACAGCCUCUGUGUUGGUGCUCCACUCAAGUCUGUCAUCCAGGUGCAUCCCCAGAUACUUGAGGGUCCUCACCACAUCCAUGUCCUCACCAUCAAUAGUAACGGAGCAGUGGAGGCUUAGUCUUCCAGUAGUCCAUCACCAUCUCUUACUGAUGUUGAGCUACAGAUGGCUUAAUUCAGCAAUAUAAAACAAUAUUUUAUAAAUGAUGGUAAAACUUGAUGAGGAUUUACAGAAUUUCCCAUUAAAUUUAUGUAUACAGGAAGAAUAUUUGAGGCAACGUGAAUUACCUCAGCAAUGGAGCUAAAUGCAACAUCAAAGAUCACCAAAACAUGCAGCUUGCAAAACUGGCAAACGCUUCGUCAAAACAGUCUGCAAAUAUCUUGCUAAUUUCAAUGAAGCUGUCUUGAAAGUAACAAAAGAUUAUUACAUAGGCAUGCACUAAACUUACACUAAAAUUUACUCAAAACAAAAUAGGUGGUGUUAAAAAAAAACCCUCAGGUCUUAGUUUUCCGAUAAGAAAGAUUUAGAACAAAGAAUCAAACUGAUUUGCUCCAUUUAAAACCCUAGACCAAAAGGAAUUGGGUUUGUUGAAUCAGACUGAUGUGCUAAACUUGAAGAAUGCAACUAUUUACUCUGAAAAUGGUGCAAGUAACUCGACCGUUCAACUGGCUCAGUAGCUUAGACGGUUCAGUAGUUUUCAACUAACAACAUAUGUUUUUUGUAAACUAAACUGUAAAUAAAACACCUUAACAAAUUGUACAAUUAAACUUCUGACAUGUACCUAUAGAUUUUGAACAAUAUUC